UUGUCACCUUCGACUGUUGAACUCCUCAAUGAAGCGGCCGUGUUACCUGCAGUAAUAGAUGAUUCGGUAGGCAUCAUUUCUUCAUCGGAGCUAGACAUCGAUCCUUCCUCGCAACCACUGGGUUCUGGAACUUUUGCCACCUGCUUCCCGGCUCUCAAGAGGGCCACGCUCAAGUGCGCAGUCAAGGUCUACAAGUAUAUGGAUUACGACCAAUUCGACAGGGAGUUGGUAGCCAUGUUGAGAUGUAAUCGUCAUAAGAACGCCGGCGUCGUGGAACUUUGGUGGAUUUGCACCCCACCGCCAGGGACGACGGGUUUGCCCAGACUCGUGAUGCCUUUGGUCGAAGGAGUCACUUUGGGCGAAUGGGUGUCGCGUUAUAGCAGGCGUUCAAAGCCAACCACCCUCAGGGUUGUGCUGCAAUUGGUAGAGGCCGUUCAACAUCUUCACGAUACCGUGAAUAUCGUGCACGGUGACUUGAGUUGGAAGAACGUCGUGAUUAACGUUGCACGCAACUAUCAUCUGACUUUGAUCGACUUUGGAAACGCCCGAGACGCGGCCAAGGGAAAACGACGAUUGUGGGUACACGGAAAUUGUUUUUUUUCUCCGCCGGAGGCUUUUUUAUGCAGACGCCCGUGCGAUCAGACCACAGCCGAAUUGCACGUUCUCGGCGUCCUCUUGAUAUGCAUCGCUCGCGGCAGAACUCAAGGAUUGUGCGAGGCACCUCUAACGUUCGAAGACGGAAGAGACCGAGGUGAAAAGAGCGCCAUAUCCUGCCUUGUUCAAUUUUGGGGAAGAGGAGGCUGUAUCCGUACUGGAACGAUUUUCUUGGGAUAACUGGCGACGUGUUAGAGACGAUCUCAGGAAUGGCAGGCGCGACUUUAUCUGACGAUAUCGGUGUGAUAGGAUUACAGUUGGCUCAUCCAAUCCCUGACUCUCGCCAGUCUCUCGCAGAUGCGUUACGUAAUUUAACUAACUUGAAUACGAUUGGUCAAUAAAGAAUAUAUAAGCGAUUGAAUCUGUAUUCUUAUAUUUUAUUUUUGCUUUGAACGGCAAUAGAAAGGAGCAAGCAUAAAAACCGAGAUGAAAGUUGUCCAUGGAGCACCUCCAUCUUAUCGGGACGAGAUGGAUAAAUUGAACGUUCGCAAGAGCGUUCGACGAGAUUUGGACAGGGGUUUUUCCGUGGCCAUAGAUUCUCGUUGGGACGAUUCUCUGAACGCGCUCGUCUUUACCGUAGUAACACCGUACGGCGAGAAAUCGCAAAUGACCUUGACAAAUACAGACGUGCCUCGCCGUAUCUCCAACAUGUGCCCGGUGGUUCAAGAUCCGACCCUGCUAACUCGCGACCCGUCUACGCCAAGUGAGCUACUGGGGCAGUUUUUUCUCGACCCGACCCGAGUGGCGGAACACGUCAGAAAGCGAGGCAUCAAACCUUACGAUUAUGUCAACAAAGCCAUUCAUGAUAUUGAGUCGUUACCGGGAGGUUACGUCGGUGCUCAAUCGAGCGGAGAAUGUUUGUCCAAGUUCGACUGCAUGCAAAGGACGGCCACUGCCGUCUUCAGUUACGACAUCGCCACGCCCAAGUUUGGAGCUGACGGUGCCAGCGCGGCCAUCAUUACUGGGGAUGCGGCAGAGGUGUGGAACUUUUUUGGAUUGGCCAAGAUGCCUUUGCAGGACAGUCUACUAGAGGUAUUUUGCAGCGCGAUUGGCGUCAAGCCGGAUGACUCGUUGGAGAAGCGGAUCAACAGCCCCAUGAAGCGCGUAGCAGAAGUCCCCCUAUUUCAAGUGACCGAUACGAAAAAGCAAGGAUUGGAUUUCACCAGCAUUACAAAUUUGGUGGUGCUGACCAUGAACAGUAUCCCUUGUAUCUUAAACGACACUUUUUUGAGGCAGAUCAAUACAGUCUUGAGCAGCGUCUAUCCUCUGAAAGAAGAACCAAUCGUGCCCGGUUCCAUCUUUCACGCCGUUAGCGAGAAACAUCGCGAUGGACUCGGUCAAGAUCAAGUGACGACACUGGGUAGCAUGGUUACCCAUGAUCACUUCAAUAACACCAUGAGGCUUGCCCGAGAAUCGAAGGGCCGGGUCGAAAGUUGCGUCAGUUACCACCGUCACUUGGCAUGCCUUGUUUGUGGACAAGAUCUGACCUCGAACGCUUCUUUGCUGCAAGAGGUUACCGAUCCUAAAAUGAUUCACUGUGGGGUUGCCGUUCACAACGCGGGUAAAUUCGUGACGACCCAGACGAAGGCUACUCGCCGAUCAUACAGCCUCGACUGCGUUCGAAGAGUCAAAAUUCUGGGCAAGGACUGGCCCCAGUUCGAUAAAGGCCAAGGAAGAUUUGGAAUCUUGACGAAGGACGAGACCAAGUGUAUUUUUGAGCGCCCUUGUGUGAUCAGCGAAUGCCUCCGUCCCAUGGUGCUCCCUGAUAUUGGUAACCAACGCAGCAAGUACGACAACGUGUCCUCUACGGUGUACGUGUUGGUCCCGUUUGAUCGACAAGCCACCCUGGAGCGCUUGAAAGAGGAAGGCGUUCAAGAUCCGCAAGCGAGC